UACGAUGUUCUGAGUGCAACAGCGCAGAGGUCCUGAAGCAGCGGCGGAUGUGGGGGCUCAGUUUGAAAUCUCCGAGGCGAGUGGACGGAGCAGCGCCAUCACUAAUUCCUCUUCUCCCCGCCCUUUACCGCUGCCAUGACGGACCCUUUCCUGCAGAGGAUGAUGGCGAGGAGCCAGGCCCGCCGAGCAGCAGUGGCCCAGAUUCUUGGGGACAAAGAGAAUUUAUCAGUGUCCAACACCACACGCUCCAGACUCAAGCACCUCAGCACCCUACACUCAGAUACCUCCAGUGAGACUCCUGCUCCCCUUCAACCAUGCGAUGAUAACAUUGAGAUUCCCAGUGUUACCGCAGCCCCAAGAAAACCUGAUGUUAGCCCAGACAGGAACCUCAAAUUUGAUUCGUCAGACACCAGACUUCCCCAGUCCAGCCAAGCUUCACAAAGCCUAGGCCACUCUCCUCCCCGCAAGUCAAGGCUGGCCUCACUGGCUAAGAGAUGCCAGGACAUAAACAAUUGGGAUGAUGACUACUCUUAUCACUCAUCUAGUCAUGGCUCUCAGGUAGCAGUAGCAGGGUGCUUUGCUUCACCAAAAAAAAUGAAUGUGCAUGCUGCUUCUGCUACUAAUCUUGAUGAGGUUGUACUGUCACCUGCUUCUGUAGUGGAACCUAUAGUAACAAGGAACACUAACACUCUACCUAAUCACUGCCGCACACCCUCAGCUUCUUCCUGUGGGAGUCUUACUAGUGAUAGUGGUGGGUCUCUUUCAAGCCUUGGGUCCCUGUCUUCAGCCUCUAAGACUCCUUCCACUCCUCAUGUAAACUUGCAUCCCAAACCUCAGUCAAAGCCUCAAACACCCAACAAUACAGGGAUGGGCCAAACAGCCAGUCCCUCGCCCACAAAAAAGCUCCAGUGGGACCGGGGUCUGCUCAAUUCACUGAUAAAUCUAAAUGAUGGUUUACAAGAAGUUCUGGUAAGUUUGAAUUCCCAUUCUGCACAUGUAACAACUGUUAGGAUCCUUCUUCUCAAAACAAAGAUGAAUCUAAGUGAUGCUUUAGAUCAGGUUAUGGAAGCACAAGGUUUUACUCCGACUGACUCUCGGUCAAAACUCCACUAUGACUUUAAGAAGGAGCAAGGGAAAAGUGCUGCUGAAGAGAGUUCUAGCAAGCUUAUUUCAGCAACAGCAGUUCCUCCGCCUCCUGCCAGUCCUUCUAAGGUGAGAAGUUUGAGUCUUGCUGAACUCAUAAGAAGCAACAGCCCACAAAAGUCCAGCCAAGUAACAAAGCAAGAAAGUUCAGCUGCCUGUUUGCCUGUCGCUCAGACAUCUAACACUUGCUUGCCACCGCCUCCUCCUCCUCCUCCUGUGGUUGUUUCCUGCUUGCCCAAAAGUCCUCGUCGCCCUGCUCAUGUGUCCAGUCCUGAAGCCAAAACAAAGGGACGAGCACGAGAUGUCAGCCCAUCAAAGGUUGGAGAGAUGAGGAGUCGCUGGGAGCAGCAUAUUCGCCAGGCGUCCCCUGAGCGCAGUGAUCGUUCUCGCAGCCCAAGGAAGGCUGAGAGUCCAAAGAAACCAGAGAGUCCAAGAAAAGUUACUUCAGCACCGAGUAGCAGACCAGUGAACUCAAGCACUGAGGUUCCUAUCCACCAUUCACCAUGUAAAAGGAUUUCCUCCCAGAGUCCUGAGAAGUCUAAUGAAGGUGGAUUUAACCGCUUUGCAUCUGAGCGCAAGAGUUGGCGUGAGUUGAGUCCACACAAGCCUGGACCAGUUGGAGAGGUGGUGAAAGGGGAGGCUCCCAUGCCUCAAACUACACCUCUUGUUCAAGAGCCUUUCUCCUCUUCAGUAAGGGCAAGAGCUGCAGCUUUUGAUGGUGCAAGAGCACAGCCUCAAAAGGAUCCAGCAGAGAUGAGUGUACAGGAGCGUCUUGCCAUCUUCAGCAAGAAGCAGGGUGGAGCUCUUAUUCCCAAGGCUCCAUUUGGUCAACCAGUCCCAGCAAAAACUCUCCAAGGUGGAAGUGGCAGUGUGUCCAGUGAUGCAGGAAGCCAGCCCUUCGUGGCCCACUCCCACCCAGUAGAGAGGCCCUCCAAGCGGGUGGCCUCUGAGCCUGCCACAGCAUACGGCAACAGUCAUGCAGUUACUCAAAAGAACAAGGCCGUGUCCCCUGACAAGAAAAGGAUCACAGACUUUAAGCAGCAAAGGAAAGCCUUUGAGCAGAUCCAAGACAACUGGCAGGACAACGACAUCAUCGCCAAGAUAAAGACUGAGCGCCAGCAGGAGAUGGAAGUUCUGCUAAAUAGGUUCAAGAAGCCAAAGUCCACAACUUCAUCCCACAGAAUUGAAAAUGAACCUCGGCCAAUAAAUGAGAGGCCUAGGUACCCGGUGGAAUCUGAGUCUGAAUACCUUGAGAGUGAUGAGUCCAUCGGUGAGUCAUCCACCUCAGAGGACUUUUCACAGGACAACAUGCCGGGCCCUCCCAAGCCUCCCCGACUCUACAGGGACCCUGCCUCCAUGGCCCCCCCUCCUCAGCAGGCCCCUGUCAAAAAGACCCAGACAUCCCCACCAAAAGCCAACUCAUCCCCCAAGAAAGAGUUUGUUCCCAAGAUGAAGCCAGGAUGCAUGUACCCAUCGCUUUCAGAUAUUGAGUCACACUCUGAGGCUCAAGAUAGUCAAGACAGUCAAGAUGAGGAUGUUAAGGAGUCUAGGUAUGUAUAUAAUAUGAUGUUGCCUCCAGCUGUCUGUCCUCCAGCAAAGAAAACAUAUGUACCAAAGAUGAAACCUGGUUUCCUCUACCCGGCGAUCUCCGAUAUUGAGUCUCGUUCAGAAGCCGCAGACAGCCAAGAUGAGGAAACAGAUUCUAGCUUUGCAGAGAGUGUGUUGACUUGUGCUUCUAUGGAGAGUUUGGGAGAGAAGAUUCAGAAGGCAGCAAACACUGGAACAAGAAGGCCCUUGUCUAUGAUUGAAGAAAACUCCGCUUCCCAGAGCAGUGUGAAUCAUGCCAUGUCUGAGAGUACCAUGGAGGCGCUGGAUGCCAUUGAUGAUGCUAUUGACGCCCUGGAUGACCUGUCCCCCACCCCCCCAAAGAGGCAGUGUUCACGGGAGGAUGUGAAUGUUUACAAGACGCCAAAGAUCAACGACACGUCUCCCACCCAUGGGGCAGAGGAGCAGGACGUCUCCCUUGCUCACUCCAUCUCCAUGUACAGGAAGCAGAAACCAGAUGUAACCUGCACUCCAGUACGCCAAUUGAUCCGCCGGCCCGACCUGAACUCACCCUCCCCUGAGCCUGUGAGUCCAUCGGUCACUGUCAGCGCCCGCAUCAAGGAGCUGCAGGAGGAGGUGUCGGAGCAGCAGCGUGUGAUAGCCCAGGCCUCCAACGCUGUGUCAGUCGUGCUGCAGCGGCCAGAGCAGCAGGCCACCCCACAGCACGUUGAGGCUGAGAAGCUCCUGCUCUUGGCCAGCCAGAAGAGACAGUCAGCACUAAAUGAAAUUCAGAGGCUGAAAGCUGAGGGAGCCUUGGGUCAGCAGAGCUGGGCAGGUGAUGUGGACACCUGCAUGGGGUCAAUCAGCAUCAGUAACAUAUCUGUUCCCCUUAAACAUGAGUUUCUCCAAAAGGGAAUGAAGGGUGAUGAUGUCUACCACCUGAUGGUGUUGGUGAAGCACAGGGAGCAGGUCAUAUCCUCCCAGCUGAUGACAACACCAAAGUGUGUGGUGGAGGGAGCUGUCACCUUCCCUAACCUCAUGGCCCUUCACCACCUCACCUCAGACUUCAACAUCACCCUGGAAGUGUAUGCUCUCUGCACCCACGAACCACGCCAAGUAAACAUGAAGAAGGACCACAGCCGCAUGAAGCUGACUCCCCUGAAGAGGCUGCACAAACACGACUCUCGCACAGCCUCUCCGUCCGUUCAGUCUCCCGGCGGGCCGUUUGCUGUUCGGUCCUCUGCCUUCCAGUUGGUUGGCUUCACUCACCUCAACAUCUCAACACUCACUAAAAAUGCUUGGACACUUGAAAAGGUGCCAUACUCCUCUCCGCUUGAUGGGCACCUCCUGAUGCAUGUCAACUGCAGCUUUGAGGGAGGGAUCACAGAACGUGGCUUCCUCACCAUGUUUGAGGAUGUUGGUGGGUAUGGUGCAUGGAACAGGCGGUGGUGUGUGCUGAGCGGCAUGCACCUCCGCUACUGGAGGUACCCAGAUGAUGAGACCAGGAAGGAGGCCUCAGGACAGCUUGAUCUGCGGUCCUGCACCACACGGCGUGUUGAGCUGGUGUCUCGGGAUGUGUGUGCCCGCCAACACACCUUCCAGCUCACAUUCCUGCAUCCAGCACACCCAAGAGAUGUCACAAACCUGGUGCAGGAGGUCCAGGGGUCUACACUUGUAACAAAGAUGCUGCUGUCAGCAGAUAGCAAGGAGGAGCGACUGGCCUGGUGCAACAAGCUCAACAAGGCUCUGGCCAACAUCAGGGCCUGGGACCCUGAUGCACUGCGGCCACAGGACUUUCAAGUUUAAGCGUAUUCCCCUUUAAUUUUAAUGACAUAGUAUUUAUAUAUAUAUAUAUUAUAUAUGUAAUAUUUUACACAAACAAAUAACAUCUAAUAGUUAUGGCUUUUGCUUAUCAACUGUACAACUUAAAUGCAAUUAGUAUGCUGCCUUAUUCUGCCUUUGUAUAAAUAUUAUGUAAAAUGUAUCAACAUAUAAUAAAUCAUAGCUUCAUAUUCUUUAUAACUUCUAAGAAAAAUAUGCUUAUUUAAAGUACCUAUUGUUCAUAUAUAACUCACAAAAAUCGAUUUAUGUGCAUUGGGAUGCUCCUUAGUACAGAAAGCAAUGAGGCCUGGUAGUGCUGUGUUUUGUUACAUUUUGUACUCUGCAUUUUAGCGACUAAUUACCUGGUUUAGAAGUUCAGCUGUUGUGCACCAGUUUUAUCAUAAGCAUAGUCUUCAUUGCUAUAGUCCUGUCCAAUAUCUGGGCAUCACUUGCCAGUGUCCAUCAUUAAAAUCAAAUCUGCCAUUUCACCAUCCAUGCUUGGGUAGAGGAAAAUAUCUGGUUGCCUUUGCGUGUUUUUAGUACCAUUUUUAAUUGUAUGAAGACCAUUACUGGCAGACUGAUAACCAUUACGUUACGUACGGAAGCAAGCCAUGUCAAACGUUUGGCAAUGGUCACUACAGCAUGGAGCGAGGAUUAUUUUUGUACAUGAUUUUUUAUUCCAAUGUAUAUGUAUUGCUCUUCCUUAUUCUGUCACUAAUAAAGGUUAUAGAUA